UGUAAUCUUGGAUAAAAUGUAGAGCAUGGAGGGAGAUGGUUCAGUUUUGUUGUGAUUUUGUGGGAGACAACUCCAAUUAAUCAAUUGUACAGAGACAAUAUGGGCCUGUAUUCCUGGCUGGAGAAGAAGGAGGGUGGAUUCUGGGGGGUGGUAGUUAUCUUUGCAGCCUUUAUGAUCCAGAUACCCUCCUUUGGGACUGCCCAGAGUUUUGGUAUCUACAACAUGUACUUGCUGAGGUACUUUAAAGAUGUCAGUCCUGCUGCUGUGGCUCUGAUUGGUUCAAUCAAUGUUGGCGUGUUCCUGGGCUCAGGCCCCAUUGCUACAUUUCUUAUGAACCACAUGAGUCAUCGUAAAGUAGCACUGCUUGGAGCCAUCCUUAGUUCUGCUGGACUGAUAGCGAUGCCUUUUGCCCCAAAUCUGGUUUAUAUGUAUGGAUUCUAUGGAGUGUUGUCGGGUCUUGGUUUUUGUUUGGUCUACGUCCCAUCCCAUGUACUCUCUGGAUUAUACUAUGAUGAAAAGAGAAGUCUAGCAACAGGACUAGCCACGAGUGGUUCUGGUAUGGGUGCCAUCAUUUUUCCUUUGCUUGUGAACUUUCUGGUAGAUACCUUUGGCUGGAGGGGGUCUUUCUAUAUAGUAUGUGGAAUCAGCAUGCAAAACAUUGUUUUUGCCAGUUUGCUUAGACCAGUCCCUGAAAAGUUAAAGAGGAGAUAUAAAGAUGCUGCAAAAAGGAGGGAGGCUGAUCCUGGUGAUAUAGAAGACACAGUAACUGACAGUGUGAAAUCAAAGCAAGAAAAACAAAUUUCUACCUCUACUCUGCAACUUCUUUCAGUAAAGUCUUUAGCUGAGAAAGAAAAGGGGGAUAAUGAACAAUUGCUUACAGAAGAUUCAAAAGUUCCUCUGUCUGAAGAUGACAUAGAUUUGUCCUUAUCAAAUUUGGAAACCCCAAGGCAAGACUCAAAUCUGGAAAAAUUAAAUCAGGGCUCAGAUAUGCAAAAUUCAGAGAGUAAGAAAGAGACUGAGGAGGUCAUAAUGGCCUCUCCUAUAGGCAGCCCAGCUAAACUUAUUAAGCAAGAGAGUUCUGAAAACGAGGAGGAUGCUCUUUGCAAGAACAAUGAAUUACCAAGAAACAGCCUAAAUGAAGUUGAAAAGUUAGCCCUUAACAAGAAAAGCACCUGUUCUAUUCUGUGUGACUAUGCUUUUAUAAUCUUCUUUGCCAAUAACAUCUUCUGGAACAUGGGAGUUGUGAUUAUCUUAUUAUUUGGCCCUCAGUAUCUUCUUUAUGUUGGACUGGAUGAGCAAUCCUCAGCAUUAGUGUUCAGCAUUGGAGGCAUCGGAGCAUUUAUUGGCAGCAUUCUUGGUGGACUUUUAGGAAACAUCAAGAAUUUACGACUGGACAUUGCAUAUGUUAUCAUAACUGUGAUAACAGGGUUAAUUUGCCUAAUCAUGCCUGUUCCAAUGUUCCACUCCUUUGGAGGGUUAGUUUUCUUGUACGUUGCUUUCUCAGUGAUGGCAAAUAUGAUAUCUGGGCUAUUAGUGGUAGCUGUGGCAUCCAUUGUUGGAGCAGAUGCCAUAGGAACAGGGAUGGGUUACAUCAUGCUGGCUAACGGUAUUGGCAGUAUAGCUGCACCACCACUGAUUGGUUGGGUGUAUGAAGUAACAGGCAGUCCAGACGUAGCAUUCUACAUUGGCGGAUCCUUUAUCAUCUUUGCCGGGCUACUGAUCAUCCUAAUUCCUGUCAUAGACCACUUCACUGAGGAAAGCAAACCAACAGGGAAGAAACCAGACCAAAUACAGAGGGAAUGUCUGAAUGUUUACUGUAUGUAAACUAUGUAAUAACACAUGGGCAUAAAACAGAAAUAUUUUAAUGGGGUAAUCAGAAAUGAAAAUACAUUUCUCAUAUUCAGUGAUACCUAUGCUUUAUUUUUUUAAAUUUCCUAUGUACAGUUGAACUUUGCUAUGGAUAUGUCUAAGUGAGUUGAAU